CGUUACUCCCCAACACUGCAUACAGGUAUAUGUUUAGAAACAAAGGGUGCAAAACCAAGAGUGCUGACUCCUUAUUAUUCCAUCUAAAUAUCUCAUCUCAUUCAAAUGUGGCUUCCAAAAAAAACAGACAAAGAAAAAAAACGAAGAAAAAACGAUCUAUAUACAUACUGAAUACUGAACCUAACAUACUGAAUCAUUACCUGAUGUGUCGGAAUUUUAUGUUUUCCUUUACAUAAAGAUAUUUCCAUUACGAAUGAAUGCAAAAAAAGGCACAUAUUUGUGAAGAAAACUUUACAAGAAUUCAGGAAGUAAGUUAAAAGUUUCCCAGGGAAGUCCUCCAGAUCCCACUUAAUCUCACUUAAUGUGUCCUCCUCAAAAACCUCAAAUUAAACCUACAAACUAUUUAAGAAAACAUGUUUCUCACUUUGUUUGUUUUUUUAAAUGACACCACAUGUCUUUUCAGUGUUGUGAAACAGAUAGAGUUACAUCCGGAUUAAAAAUGCUCUAUUUGUCUUUUCUUUAAUACGAGCCAGAUGUUACCUCCAGCCCCGGCCUGCUGUCACUCACCCCGCCUUUGACCAAUCGCAGUGGGCAUAAACUCCUCCUUCCCUCCCCGUGGAGUUUGCGGGGGCUCGGUGGAGAGGAGGAGUGAGUAAAGAUCUCUUUCUGAGUCCAGCUGUGCUUCUCUCCUGCUGCUCCCUCUCAUAGCGCAGCGCUGCUCGAUCACUCAGGCUGUGCAAUGGAGAGAUGGGCGAUGCUGGCCGCGUGCGUGUUGCUGUGCUGCAGCUGCACUAUGGUUACUGCCAUCCAGAGGGCUGACAUGUUUCCUUACGGCACUUUAAAUGGAGAUUCGGUGUUGAGAGAGGGCGACGAUGAGACGUCCAAAGUGCUGUCCCUUCCCAGACCCUUGCACUUCUACAACUGCCCUUUCUCCCAGCUAUACGUGGCCACCAAUGGCAUCAUAUCAGCCCAGGACUUGCCAAUGGAGAAGCAAUACGUUGAUGACGGAUUCCCCACAGACUUCCCUGUGGUGGCUCCAUUCCUGGCUGACAUUGACACAAGCGGAGGGCGCGGACAGAUUUACUACAGGGUGACAGAAACACCCAGUGUGCUCAACAGAGUCGCACAGGAAGUACACCGGGGGUUCCCAGAUGCAAAGUUCACACCCACACAUGCUGUAGUGGCAACGUGGGAAAAUGUCCCGGCAUACGAAGAACAAACUCGACCCCCUAGCCCUCCAAACAAGGUAAGAUGUUUUGAGGAAGAGACACCAGUAGCUCCAGGGCCUCCCUGUGUAGAGGAGUCCUGUUUUAUCAUCAUUCUGAACUUCUUUGGCACACUGCCUAAGGAGUCGUAUAAUGUUGAGAUAGAGCUUCCAGCAAGAGUUGGCUUCAGCAGAGGAGAAAUUCCAAAUUGUAUAAUUUACCGAAGUGAAAGCCCUUACUACAGUGUCACCAGUAAUGAGCAGAGUGUUAAAAACCUCUACCAGUUUGGUAACAGUGGAAUUCCAGGCCUUUGGCUUUUCCACACUGGAAACCGUUAUUCCUUUGACAACAUUGUACCUGCAUCCAUUAAAGGUCCUGUUUCUACUCCACCAACUGUAGGAUAUGACCCCCAUAUGGGCACCACCACCCCAGACUAUGAUGAGUUUGAAGAAUAUGUGGAGAAUACGUUCGACCCUAAUACCCAAGAAAGAGAAGAUGAUUAUCCUUUAACAGGGAGGAACCCUAAAUUCCAACCUGCACCUGCUGAUGGUGACCGAUCAAGUUUCCUUCUACCGCAAAACCAUCAUGGGAGCGACAAUAUACCAUUGACCUUUGAACCUGUGUAUGGUUUCGAGCCACCAGAGAGGCAGUACGCUUCCCCUAAUCCUCCACAGACAGUCGCAGAGGGAGGUGCUCAGCAGCCCCAGGAACAGCAACCACAGCUGCCUCUGGAAGUGGUGAAUGUGCACACCCCACAUAGAAAUGCUCCGCCUCUUUCCCCUGGAGCACAUGUGGUCAGUGUGGAUGAAGAACAGGUUAAUUUUGACACAGGAGUGAUUCAAUAUACUACAGAGAAUAAGGAAACAUGUGCCAGAUUCCUGCAGCAGUGCUCCCAGAAUGCAUUUUGCACUGACUAUGCCACAGGCUUCUGCUGUCACUGCCAACCAGGCUUCUAUGGAAAUGGACGCCAGUGUCUGCCUGAUGGUGCCCCCCAGCGUGUUAGCGGUAAGGUGAGCGGCACUGUGUAUGUGGGGUCGACUCCAGUAUCGCUGAACAACAUUGAUCUCCAUGCCUACAUUGUGGUGGGAGACGGGAGGGCGUAUACUGCCAUCAGCGAGGUACCAGAACCAGUGGGCUGGGCACUGAUGCCAGUUGCACCCAUUGGAGAGCUAUUUGGAUGGCUGUUUGCUUUGGAGCUGCAGAAUAGCCAAGCGGGAUUCAAACUGACAGGUGCUGAGUUCAGUCGUCACGCAGAGGUUGUAUUUUACCCUGGCAACCAGCGCUUGUUAAUUAUUCAGACGGCCCGUGGCCUCGAUGACCACAACCACCUAACCGUGGGUACUGUAAUCAGCGGCAGUGUGCCCUUCCUUCCUCCUGGUGCUGAAGUUACCAUGGAGCCCUUCAAAGAGACUUACCAGUACUACCCCUCAGUUGCAACCUCCACCUCUAUUAGAGAGUAUUCAGUGGUUACAGCAGACCGAGGGUCCGAGUCCUUCUCUUUCCAGCUGAAACAGAAUAUCACCUACCGUGACUGCCCACACAACAACCAAGCUGCCACCCCGGAGACUUUGCAGAUCCUUAUGGAGAGGGUGUUUGUCAUGUUCGUGAAGGAGGAGCGGAUCCUGAGAUACGCCAUCACCAACAAAAUCAGCCCAGUUAGAGCUCCAGGCCCUGAGCUGUACAACCCUUGCUAUGCCGGGACCCACGACUGUGACACCACAGCCCAGUGCAUCCCGUUAGAGGACCUGGCUUUCCAGUGCCAGUGCGCUACUGGUUAUACAGGAGAUGGGCACAACUGUUACGACAUAGAUGAGUGUGCUGAGGGUUUGGGCACAUGUGGGGAUAAUUCUGAGUGUGUGAACCUGCCUGGGAGUCACCGCUGUCACUGCCAGAGGGGCUACGAAUUUGGCUACGAUUGGCGUACCUGUGUUGGUUGGUGUGUGGACAGUAGAGGAGAGGAGAGAGCAGGAACCAGGACUCCACCUGGUGCAGCACCUGUAGACUGUGACAGACCAGAUGAGCGUCUCAAAACUCACUGUGAGCACCACAGAGACAGCGUGAAGGCCACCAGUCUAGACGGAAAUCCUAUAACUGGAGUCUAUGUACCACAGUGUGAUGCAGAAGGACAGUAUCUACCUCAGCAGUGCCAUGGCUCCACUGGCUAUUGUUGGUGUGUGGACAGUAGAGGAGAGGAGAGAGCAGGAACCAGGACUCCACCUGGUGCAGCACCUGUAGACUGUGACAGACCAGUUCAACCAGAGCGUGCUAAAACUCACUGUGAGCACCACAGAGACAGUGUAAAGACCACCAGUGCUGAUGGACAGCCCAUAACUGGAGUCUACAAACCACAGUGUGAUGCAGAAGGACAUUAUCUACCUCAGCAGUGCCAUGGCUCCACUGGCUAUUGUUGGUGUGUGGACAGUAGAGGAGAGGAAAGAGCAGGAACCAGGACUCCACCUGGUGCAGCACCUGUAGACUGUGACAGACCAGUUGCAGUGACUCCAACAGAACGCCCUGAGAGCAUGUGUGAGCGAUGGAGAGCCAGUUUGAUUGAGCACUAUGGUGGAAAACCUGGUCCACAGCAGUAUGUACCUCAGUGUGAGCCAGAUGGAGAGUUCAGUCCAGUCCAGUGUUACGGGGAGACCAACUACUGUUGGUGUGUGGACCAGAGUGGACACAUGGUUCCCGGAACCAAAUCAGAUGAUGCUGUCAAACCUGCAUGCAUCUCGUCAGUGCCACCGCCUACGGUGCGUCCAACAUCCCGUCCAGAUGUCACCCCUCCCACAAACACUGGCAUCACACUGCUGUACGCUCAGGGCCAGAAAAUAGGAGCGCUGCCUCUCAACGGGACCAGACUAGACGAAAGACGAUCCAAAACACUAUUGGCUCUACAUGGUUCCAUAGUUGUUGGUAUAGCCUAUGACUGCAAGGAAAACCAAGUCUAUUGGACAGAUUUGUCUGCGAGAUCAAUCAACAGAGCUUCAAUGGUGUCUGGUGCUGAGCCUGAGGUUCUCAUUAACACAAAUCUCGUCAGUCCAGAAGGUUUGGCAGUGGAUGUUAAACGCCGGCUGAUGUUCUGGGUUGACUCUACUCCUGAUGUGAUUGAACGAGCCAACUUGGACGGCAGUGGGAGGAGGACCCUGUUUGACACAGACUUGGUCAACCCCCGUGCAAUCAUAGUGGUUUCUUCCACCGGUACUCUGUAUUGGACAGACUGGAACAGAGAGGCCCCUAAGAUCGAGAGCUCAUCAGUGGAUGGUCAAAAUCGCCAGGUGAUAGUGUCCGAUGGGAUUGGUUUGCCAAAUGCUCUAACAUAUGACUCUGCUUCUGAACAGAUCUGCUGGGCUGAUGCAGGUACAAAGCGUCUAGAGUGUAUAUCCUCAGAUGGUUCAGGUCGAAGAGUAAUCCACGCCAACCUCAACUACCCAUUCAGCAUGGUCUACUACAGGAACCACUUCUAUUACACUGACUGGCGGAGGGAUGGCGUGAUUGCAGUGAACAAACACAGAAGUCUGUUCACUGAUGAGUACUUGCCUGAGCAGCGCUCUCAUUUGUAUGGCAUCACCGUAGCAACGACCCACUGCCUACCAGGUGAGAUAUAUUGUGUAAUCAGAGUCAGUCUUUCAAGUUUGAAGGAACAUCCAUCCAUCCAUCCAUUUUCUUAACCACUUGUCCAGUUAAGAGUUAUGGCAGGGGGCAGAGCUGGAGCCUAUCC